AUGUGGAAGAAGGGGGGAGGAGAAAAAAAAGGGGGAGGAAAAAAAGAGGGGAGAGAGAAGGGGAGAAGGAGAGGGGAGGAAAAGGAAGGGGGAAAGAAGGGAGGAGGGAGAAAGAGGGAAAGGAAAGGAGAAGAGAGAGGGAAAAGAGAAAGGAAGGGAAAGGAAAGGAGAAGAGAGAGGGAAAAGAGAAAGGAAGGAAAAGGAAAGGAGAAGAGAGAGGGAAAGGGAAAGGAAGGGAAAGGAAAGGAGAAGAGAGAGGAAAAGAGAAGGGAAGGAAAAGGGAAGGAGAGGGGAAGGGAAGAGGAGGGAAGGGGAAAAAAGGAAGGAGAGGAGAGGGAGAGGGAAAGAAGAAAAAGAGGAAAGAGAAGGGGAAGAGGGGAAAAAAGAGGAAAGGGAAAAAGAGGGGGGAGAGGGGGAGAAAGGGGGGGAGAGGGGAAGGAAAGAGAAAGAGGAGAGAAGGGGAAAGGAAAGAGGGAGAGGGGAAAGAGAGGAAAGGGAGAAGGGGAGAGGAAAGAGAAGAAAAGGGAGGGGAAAGAGGAAAGAGGAGGGAGAGGGGGAAGAAAAAGAAGAGGGAGAGGGGGAAAGAAAAAGGAGAGGGAAAGGGGGAAGAAGAGGAGAGAGAGAAGGGGAAAGGAAAGGAGAAGGGAAAGGAAAAGAAAAGAAAAGGGAAGGGAAAAGAAGAGGGAAAGGGAGAGGGGAAAAGGAAAGGAAGAGGAAGGGGAAGGGAAGAGAAGAGGGAAAGGGGAAGGGGAAAAAAAGAAGGGGAAAAAGGGAAGGGAAAAACAAAAGGAGAGGGGAAGGAAAAGGAGGGAAGGGGAGAAGGGGAGGGGGAGGGAAAGGAGAGAAGAGGGAAGGAAGAAAAGAGAGGAGAAAAUGAAAAGAAGGAAAAGGGAAGGGGGGGAAGAGGAAAGAGAAGGGAAGAGGGGAGGGGGAGAGGGAAAGGAGGGGAGAGAAAAGGAGAGGGAGGAAGGAAGGGAAGGGGAGAAGGGAGGGAAAGGAAGGGAGAGGAGAGAGAAAGGAAAAAAAAGGGAGGGGAAAGAAAGGGAAGGAAAAAGGAGAAGGAAAAAGGGGAGAAAGAAGGAGAGAAAAAAAAGGGAAAAAGAAGGGGGAAAAAAAAGGGGAAAAAAAGGGGAAGAAAAAAGAUUUGUUCGAGAACUUUUUGAAUUUUCGGUAUAA